ACCUGCCGCUGCAUCCAGCGGAGUCUCACGAGCGGUUGUACGGAAAAGCAGCACACGUGCUCGGAACAGUUAAUUAAUCCAUUCAGUUUGGUUGGACUGCACGUCUGGAUUUGGUGAGGCCUCCUGACCGCGACCAUGUACCGGCCAGGUCAACCGGAGCACGGGCCGCCGCCGUUCCGACCUCCGUCAGCCCAUGGCCCUCCUUUCACAUUCGGAGGGUCCUGUAGUGCUCCUCGUGGUCAUUUGGCUCCUGGACCCCACGGAUCAUUUUCAGCUUCGGCAUCGGACAGACAGUUUCUUCACAACAGACCACCAAGAGAGCAUUUCAUCAGACCCCACUGUAGCAACUUCUCCAUAGACCGUAGCACAGCGAUUGCUUCUGGAGGCAGCCAGAAGAUGCCCCCUCAUGCUGAGCCACCACACCUUCAGGUUCUACAGUGGAUUCCCACCCCUGUGAAACAUAAUCUACCAGACAGUGACACAGCUGGUGAGGAAUUCUUGAGAUGCAUUGCAGCAAACAAGCCUCUCCCAGACUAUCUGAAAGGGGACAUGGCAUACAACCUUGCUGAGGCAUUUAAGUCAGCUAAUGUUCUGAAAGAUGCAGUAAAAUCAGACCCCAAGUUCCACAAGCAUGGGUCCAGAAGCAUCAGUCAAAGUAGAAGCAGAAGCCGUGGCAGAAGCCGUGGCAAAAGUCGUGGCAAAUCUCGAGCCAAGAGCCGUGCGCGAAGCAGAAGCCGUGUACGCAGCCGAAGCAGAGGAAAGGGCAAAAGUCGAGCUCGUAGCAAGAGUCGAGCUAGAAACAAAACCAGAGGCCGCAGUAAAAGUCGGAGCAGGAGCCAAAGCAAGCAAAAAAGUCAUGUACGCAGCAAGAGUCGCGUCAGGAGGUCCAAGUCACGAAGUGGCAGUAUGGAAAAAAGAUGUGCUAAUGAUAAGAGAAAGAGGAGUCUAAGCCCCAGCUGCAGCAGCAGUGUUCAGAACAGUAAUAACCUGACAGGAAAAUGUCUGUUAGAGGGACUGAAACUUGUUAUGAACAGCAAGGAACUGGAAGAGCGGUUACCCACUCUCAAAGAUGCCAUCCUCACUAUUCAGGCGUCUGAUGAAAGCAAAAAGGUGCAGUGUAAACCGAAUGAGCAACAUUACAGUCAGGAUAAUUCAACUUCAAUGGAAAACGACAGUAUGCUCCUUCCCCAUGACCGAGUAGGCAGUGACUUCUCCUGGCUCCAUGCACCAAGUCAAGAGGACUCCACAGAUCAAAAAGCUGAUGAACUUGAUGAUGAGGAGUCAUUCUUAUAUGGGAAUGAAGAUGCUGGAGGAAAGCAAGACCAUAUAACUUCUACCACCCCCUUUUCAGCAUUUUCUCAGACUGGAGAACAUUCCAGUGAUGUUUCUGUUCUGAGCAGUCAACAGUCCAUAUUUAGUGGCUUCGGGGAUCUGCUUGACCUGAAGCAGCCCCUUCAAAUGACUUCCUCAAUCAAUCUGGACAGUAGUGAGUUUGAGAAGAUCACGAAUAUAUUAAAGAGUCAGGGCACAGCAAAUAUCAACCAGAUGGUUGUGAAGAUGCAGGGGCAGAAAGAGGAGAAGCAACUGUCUCCUGCUUUACUUGGUUCAGACCCAACAGCAGCAAGCUUGACAAUGCAAGCAAUGAAGAACUCUAAUGUACAGCAAGCUCUGCAAUCUCUACAGUCUCUUAUCAAAGCGACGAAGGAGAAGAGAGCAAAAAGUGAUGGCAGUGGCACAUCUCAGACCUCUGAUAAACACAAGGCAAGUAACGGUGAGGACAUGAAGAGGGAGAGACAAGCCAGAAAAAGUAAAAUGGAAUCCUUGAUAAAAGAAAUGGAGGAAUUGUUGAAACAGGAUGGACAGAGUUUUCUGACACCAGUGAUUGGGUUCUACUGCCAGAAAUGUGAGGAGUUCAUUGGAGAUUUAUGUUCUGCUGAAAACCAUGCAGCCAUUCACCAACAUGCCAACUCUAGCAGUCAGAAAAUGCAAAUGGAACAACAUGCUGACAGAGGCAGCAAAGGACAGUCCAACUGUUUUAGCAGCAGCAGUAACCGACACCCACACACCUCAGACAAGAGAGAUCACAGAGACUUCAGCUACCAUCGAGAUUCAGGAGAACAGAGAAAUCAGAGAGACUACAAACAAGAGUGGAGGAAUGAGACACCUCACAGAGGCAAGCUCGACAACAACCUCAUAAAUCACGGGCAGAGGCAGGAAAACAUCUCCUUUAAAGAGGAGAUGAGUAAGGAGAGGAUGCUCAUAACGGUGUCAUGUGGACCGACAUCCCCUCCGAACAUCAGGGUUAAGGAGGAAGUGAACAAGGAGCAGACCAUCAGAGGCUAUAGCAAAGUCAAAGUGGAAGACAAAAAUAAAAAGGAUAGCAAGGGAAAAAAUGAAAGCAGUGAUGAUAGUGACAAUGACAAAGGAAAAACAUGUAAAGUAAAAUCAUCAAAAAAGAAAAAGAAGAAGGAGAAGAAGAAGAAAAAGGAGAAGGGAAAUAAGUCCUAACUGUUGUAUUAUGAUUGUUACUUUUUUUUUUAAAUCGUUAUUAGACAGUUCUUUGAGAUGUCAUGGUCUGAGUUUCACCAUAACCAUCCUGGACUCCAUGUGGUUAGUUCUUUGUUGGUGACAUCAGAAGACACAGGUAGGCCGUCAAAAGUGAUUUCAUUAUUAUUCUUAUUGGAACCAUCUGAUAUGUUUUGAAGUGCAAACCCACAUUCAAAAGAGAAGAUUAAAAUCAGUUUAAUCUUUGUGCAUCUAUUGGAAAGAUGGGUCUUACCCAUAGAGUUGUUUUGAGUUGAUCCAGUCGGCUGCUGUGUCUGAGCCGUAGAGCGGUCGUACUCCAAUCCCAAUCUUCCCAUCUUCCGGGGUAAACUCUGAAUGGCCCAUCAUAGGAAAAAAUAGUGCUUCCCAUAGAUGCACUUUAUGAAUGUGUUUGUGAAUGGGUGACUGGCAAACUGUACUGUACUGUAAAGCGCUUUGUGUGGUCAGCAAGACUAGAAAAGCGCUAUAUAAAUACAGACAAGUUACCAUUAUCUUAAUAAAAUAGCUGGCAGUGUUUGUGCUAGCCAGGAAAGACCAAAAACAUCCCAGAAUGAUGCAUAGAUGUAAUUGAUAUAAAUCUUCCCCUUUGGUUGUUGCUAUAUUUUCCAACCAAGGUCAUCCUCCAGAGCAUCAACUUGCUCCUGUUACUAGGGAACCACAUCUAUUUAUGAUGUAAGGUUUCAGGAUGUCCUCUCUCACCCUGUCUUCAUCCUCUAAAUUAAUGUUUGAAGUAGUCAAUUUGUAAAUACAUCCCUUUUUCUGAACACUGUUGCUACCAACAGCUCUGUAAUGCUAGACAUGUAAUGUUUUCAGUUUUCUUUUGACUUGUCUGUAUUUUUUUAUGAAAAUUAUCUUUAAUAAAAGAGGUUAAUAAAAGCCAAGUGAUAUUAAA